GUUAUGCGUUGACGGUGUACGUGUUGUGCUGAAAAUUUAUUUAGCAAAAAACGUAGAUUUUGUUAAAUAAUUGAUAUAGAAAAUAAUUUGUCUUCAAAAUGAAGACUCGUUUUAAUACCUACGAUAUAAUAUGCAUGGUCACCGAACUACAAAAGCUGGUGGGCAUGCGAGUAAAUCAGGUGUACGACAUAGACAACAAGUCGUACCUGAUCCGCCUGCAGCGCUCCGAGGAGAAGGCUGUGCUGUUACUGGAGUCGGCAAACAGGUUCCACACAACUCAGUUUGAAUGGCCAAAGAAUGUAGCACCUUCGGGGUUUACUAUGAAGCUCCGCAAACAUCUGAAGAAUAAGCGCCUAGAGAAGCUCACCCAGCUGGGUAUAGACCGUAUCAUAGACCUACAGUUUGGGAGCGGAGAAGCAGCCUAUCAUGUCAUACUGGAAUUGUAUGAUAGGGGAAAUAUAGUGCUGACGGACUAUGAGUGGACGAUACUCAAUGUGCUGCGGCCUCAUGUGGAAGGGGAUAAAGUUAGAUUUGCAGUAAAAGAAAAAUAUCCCCUAGAUAGAGCAAAGUCUAACUUUGAUCCUCCAGACGCAGAGGGCUUGAAGAAAAUACUGGCCAACAGCAAACCAGGGGACAAUCUCAAGAAAAUACUCAACCCUAACCUAGAAUAUGGUCCAGCAAUUAUAGACCAUGUUCUCCUGGAGUCUGGCCUGACGGGCAACAUGAAGAUCAGCACGGAACCUGGCAAGGGUUUCUUUGUAGAACGGGAUUUGGACAAGCUGCUAGAAGCCGUGAAGAAGGCAGAGGCGUUGAUGGAGACAGCCAGGCGGGAAGUGGCAAAGGGUUUCAUCACCCAGAAGAAAGAGGAACGUCCCCAGCCCCAGCCUGGCGAGGAUGCCUUUCUCCUCACCAACGUGGAGUUCCACCCGAUGUUAUACGCGCAGCACAGAGCGCAGCCCUAUGCAGAGUAUGACACCUUUGACAGAGCCGUGGACGAGUUCUGCUCGGCUUUGGAGGGACAGAAGAUUGACUUAAAAACAAUCCAAGUAGAGCGAGAAGCCAUGAAGAAGCUUCAAAACGUCCGCAAAGACCACGAAAAGCGAGUGAACGAGUUGGAAGACCUGCAAGUAACUGACCGGCAAGCUGCUGAACUUAUAUCAAGGAACGAGCCGCUUGUGGAACAAGCGAGACUCGCUAUACAAGCAGCCAUCGCCAACCAGAUGUCCUGGGACGACAUAACGCUUCUCGUAAAGACGGCCCAAGAAAACGACGACCCGAUCGCCUCCUGCAUAAAACAUUUGAAGCUCAACACCAACCACAUAACGCUAUCCCUCUCUGACCCGUAUGAGGAUGAGGUGCCGCCUAUGUGUGUCGACAUCGACCUGUCUUUGACUGCCUUCGCUAAUGCUAGGAAAUACUACGACAUGAAACGCAACGCAGCAAAAAAGCAACAAAAGACCUUGGAGUCAGCAGACAAAGCCCUCAAGAGCGCCGAGCGGAAGACCAAACAGACCUUGAAGGAAGCGCAGACCAUCAGCUCCAUCAGUAAAGCCAGGAGGACCUACUGGUUUGAGAAGUUCUUCUGGUUCAUAUCCUCGGAUAACUACUUGGUGAUCGGCGGUCGCGACCAACAGCAGAACGAGCUUCUCGUGAAGCGCUACAUGCGCUCCGCGGACGUGUACGUACACGCGGACGUGUCCGGAGCCUCCUCCAUCAUCAUCAAGAACCCGGGCGGGCCCGUGCCGCCGAAGACACUGGGCGAAGCGGGCCAGGCUGCUGUAGCCUACAGUGUGGCGUGGGAAGCGAAAGUCCUGACAAGCGCGUGGUGGGUGCACGCGCACCAAGUGUCCAAGUCGGCGCCCACCGGCGAGUACCUCACCACCGGCUCCUUCAUGAUCCGCGGCAAGAAGAACUACCUGCUGCCGCAGCACCUGCAGCUGGGCUUCAGCUUCCUGUUCAGGUUAGAAGACAGUUGUAUUGAACGGCACAAGGGCGAGCGCAAAUCGACAGUGCCUGAGGACGACGUCUCAUCUAUCGUGUCAGAAGCCACCACGGCUUUGACGAUGGACGAGGGGGACGAGGAGAUCGCAGUCUCAGAAGAUGAAGGAUCAGAUGAAGACGACAAAUCGCAAGAGAAAGAGGAGAGCUGUGAGAAAGAGCCGCCAAGCGAUAAGCCCGCCUUAGACGACAUAGAAGAGGACAGCGAAAGCGAUGACGAAACUUUCCCUGACACGCAUAUCAAGGUCGAUCACGGAACAGGAGAAGUUAUAAUGCAGUCGAAAACACGGACCAUAUCAGAAGUAUCAAACAACAGCGACGACAAGCCACUUUCAUUCCCGUCCCUACCAAAGAAGACCGGCAAGAAGACACACAAAGAACAGCAGAAGAAAGAAGAUAAAAAGGAGGAAAAGAAGGAGCCGGGCAUGAAGCGCGGGCAGCGCAGCAAACUGAAGAAGAUCAAGGAGAAAUACAAGGAUCAGGAUGAGGAGGAUCGCGCGCUCAGGAUGAGCAUACUGCAGUCAGCAAACACCCUAAAAGACACGAAGAAAAGCCAAAAGAAGGCAGCAGCCAAGAGCGGCAAGCCCGGCAAGACGAAGGGACCGAAGAUACCCCAGCCCGCUCCGCAGAUCUUGGAAGCGGAGGACGAGGAGCCGGAGGAGCCUGAAGCGGAUGCUGAGCCGGAGCAACAAGGCGCGGAUGUGGAGAUAUUGGACCAGCUGACCGGCUCUCCACUAUCCGAGGACGAGCUGCUGUUCGCCAUGCCCGUCGUGGCGCCCUACUCAGCUCUGCACAACUACAAGUUCAAAGUGAAACUAACCCCAGGUAACAGCAAGCGGGGCAAAGCGGCCAAGACCGCCGUCGUGGUGUUCACGCGCGACAAGACCUGCACCCCGCGAGAACGAGACCUGCUCAAGGCAGUGAAGGAGGAAAACGUCGCGAGGAACUUCCCCGGCAAGGUCAAACUGUCGGCGCCGCAGUUGCAUAAGCAUAAGAAAUAAGGGAGGAUGCUAUUAUGAUCAGAACUCUUAGUCUUAUGUCGCCCUAGUACUUUUAUAACAGUCAUCAGUGUUUUAAGCAAUGUUUACGGUGUUUAAUCCAUCAACCAACUACAGUCUCUUACAGUUUUUCGGCUUUUCUCGUAUACCUAAGUAUAUUUGAAUACCACAUUUGACAUAAACCUUCUGAAUUAAUUCAUACAUUUUGAGUCUACAAAGCGAUCUAAACCGCCGUCGUAGUUCACGCGCGACAAGACCUGCACGCCGAGGGAACGUCGUGAGAAACUUCCCCGGCAAGUUUAAACUGUUGGCGCCGCAGUUACAUAAGCACAAGAAGUAGGAAAAAAAUAGCCACAACCGAAUACAGAACCUCCUUCUUCUAUGAAAUUGAAGUCGGUUAAUAACGAUCACGUAACUCUUAUAAGCAAUCUCUAGUAGGUACUUUUAUAAGCAAUACCUAACCUAACACAGUUUUAACGAAAUUUAGCGUUUUUUAUUUCAUCAGCUCCAACUUAUCCAAUACACUCCCAAAACUUUAUAAAGAGGAGCAGUUCUCAGAACUUUAUUCUUUGAAUUAUUGUAAUUACAAUGUCCAUAAUUUCAUCCUACAUUAUACGUAUUGAAAAAAUUAAACCAAAAAAGGGUAAUACAAUCAAAUUUUAAGAAUUUCGUUAAUAGAGAAGCGAAUCUGGUUUACGUAUCCCAGAAGAAAACUUAAAGACAAAUGAUCUAUUGAUGAGUGAGAUAGUAGAUAUAAACAACGCGCAACACGCGCAGAGAUAUUACAUAUCUCUGGUGUUACAGGCGUCCAUAGGCUACGGUGACUGCUAUCCAUCAGGCGGGCCGUAUGCUUGAUUGCCACCGACGUGGUAUAAAAAUAAACAAUUUUGAUAUUUGACGUAAAUCUCGUUAUCUCUAUUUUAAUAGAUUUUUCACUAUGUUAUUGAUAUGAUCAUCCAAUUAUAUGUUUUUCCUACAGCACUU